AAGCUUGAUCGAUAGUAUAGAAAUAACAAGCGACAUUGUUGCAAAUACUUUUAGACUGCGAGAAAAUGAGCGGUUCAGUGAAGAAGAUCGCCGACGUGACUUUCAAGGCCGGCAGGAAUAUUGAUUGGGAAGGAAUGGCCAAGCUUCUUGUCACCGAUGAAGCUCGCAAGGAGUUCUCCAAUCUCCGUCGCGCUUUCGAUGAUGUCAACUCCCAACUUCAGACCAAGUUCAGCCAGGAACCUGAACCUAUCAACUGGGAGUAUUACAGAAAAGGAAUCGGUUCUCGCUUGGUAGACAUGUACAAAGAGGCCUAUGACAGCAUUGAGAUCCCCAAGUUUGUGGAUACGGUGACUCCUCAAUAUAAACCCAAAUUUGACGCCUUGUUGGUGGAGCUGAAAGAAGCGGAGCAGAAAUCUCUGAAGGAAUCUGAAAGAUUAGAAAAAGAAGUUGUAGACGUGCAAGAGUUGAAGAAAAAACUUAGUACAAUGACAGCUGAAGAAUACUUUGAGAAGCAUCCUGAGCUGAAGAAGAAGUUUGAUGAUGAAAUUCGAAAUGAUUACUGGGGCUAUUAGCAGGUUUUUUGGGUGAAGUUAGGAUGGAUGAUCCAAGUUGAUCCAUGGUUAGGAAUAAAAGAAAAAGUAGUAGUAGUUGGCUUGUUUUCAAAUGUUAACUAGAGUGAAUCUCAUCACUUGGACAUCCUAAUAUGGCCUUGCGUUUGGGAGGCAAAAGAGAUGUUUGAGUGGUAUAAAUUCCAUCAAUUCUCUUUUUGCAAUUUCACUAGGCUUUAAAGAUGCAACCCCAAUCUUUUUACUAGCUCACUGAAACAAAUUUAAAGAAACCAUGAUCCAGACUGGCUAGUGUUUCUUUCUCAAUAUAAUGGCAAUUGGGCAACAC